AUUCUCGCAUUACGUAAAGGUCCAAGCUUAUCCUGUACGCGUUCUCAGGAUUCUCUAUUUGAUCUUCACUUACAUUCUUAUCAAAACAUGUCUGGCAGAGGAAAAACCGGGGGCAAAGCCAGAGCGAAGGCCAAAUCCCGCUCCUCUCGGGCCGGACUCCAGUUCCCAGUGGGUCGUGUCCACAGACUGCUGCGCAAAGGCAACUAUGCGGAGCGUGUAGGAGCCGGGGCUCCGGUCUAUCUGGCGGCCGUGCUCGAGUAUCUAACUGCUGAGAUCCUGGAGCUGGCAGGAAACGCGGCCAGGGACAACAAGAAGACCAGAAUCAUCCCCCGGCACCUUCAGCUAGCCGUGCGUAACGACGAGGAACUCAACAAGCUUCUUGGAGGUGUGACGAUCGCUCAGGGAGGUGUGCUGCCCAACAUCCAGGCCGUCCUCCUCCCCAAGAAGACGGAGAAACCCACCAAGAGCAAGUAAAGGACUCCUUUAGAGCAGGCCCGGGCUCAGCCGGGACCACUUUUCCAUACCAGUGUUUUGUUUUAUUUUGGGAGAAAACCUUUCACAUCAGAGGAGCAGUGCCUGCUGUUGUUGUUGCUGUUUCUACAAUGAAAACAGACACUGGCUUCUCGUCGGGACUAUUCAUAGACUGCUCUGUGCUGUUGUCGGCUCUGGAAAAUGGAGGCGCUUUGUGAAGGCUGGGGAUGAUGAAGGCCGUGAAAAAAGCGAAAAAUAUCUUCUUAUGGACCAAUUCUGAGAGGAGGAGCUGUUUUGGUGUCACAGUGCUGCUUGAAACCGUUCAAAUUUGUUACAUUGUUGUGUUGUUUUUGUCAUGUUGUUGAAUAAAUGUUCUUUGACACAGUACUUAACA